CAAUUUUUCGAGACACAUAUCGGUAUCGGUUGUCAUUUCAUAGUUUUGUCACUUCACAAUUUACUCAAAAUUCCAAGUAAUUCCUCUGCGACCAAACUCCCCCAAACCAUGUCGUCGAAAAAAUUUAAAAAUACCGUCAAAACCAUCACAAGAAACCUAGUCACCCAUACCGAUGCUAUGGAAGUGGACCUACAAAUCCUUAUCGCAAACAUGUUGGAAAUUAUCGAGUCCAAGAUAACGUCUUUGAAGAAACUUCUCAAGUUAAAGAUGUAUAUCAGACGCGUGAAAGGGUUCAGUUCGCUACAGAAGAUCGUUAAUGUGGAUGACGUUACUAGUGAAACGUAUUCUAUCAGCAAACAGUCAAAUCUACCUGGUUCAAAUGCCGUUCACGGUUCUCUGGAUGACUUGCCAUCUCUAGCUUACGCUCUGGACCAGUCUUCUUUGCCUGCAAGUGAAGCAAAAGCCUUGGAAAACAUUGACGAAAAAUCUGAAGAUGUGAAUAAGGGUAUUUUGGACAUGGACAGUUUGUGUUGCGAUUUGAAUCCGCAAAAGAGUCAAACUAUCGGAAGUUCUAAAAAGUUAUGUAACAGCGAUAAAAUAGUGUCGUUGGACAAGUAUAUUUAUGUGCUUUUGGAUGAAGAGUUUAAGAAAUACGCUAAAGAAAAAGAAGAUCGUGAAAAUAGAAAUAAUAAUGGCGAUCGUGAGGUUUCAGAAAGCAAACAGAAACCAGCAUCCGUGUCAAAGUCCAGCGUGGUCCUCCUCAGCCGAUCAGAUUACGAGAGCAUUAUCGACAUUCUGAACUCCGUUUUGGCCGCGUACAAGCAGCAAGAAAAGCGCGAAAAGCUGGAAUUGCUGAAAAAGAAUUUGGGCAAGAGUAUCACCGAGCCGACUAUGAAUAACAAAUCCGAUUUGAGGGUCAAGAGGAAAACCUGUUCGGACAGUCUCUGCGACAAGAAAGAGAUCGAGAAAAAGGAGAAUAAAAAGUGGACAUCGAGCUGUGACCUAUAAAAUGUUUUUUUGCCCUGUGUAUUUAUUAGGAAAACAAAAUGAAAAAAAUAUGCUUUUGGUCUCAUUUAAUUAAUAAAUGUUUAUUUGGUUU